UAUAAGUAUACCGCCAGUGCGGACGUUCGACACUCCGCCGUAAGACAUCUACCCUUGUAUAUCUUAUAUGUCUGAUUCGCUCGCUCUGCCGGAACUUCCCAACUGCAACUCAGCGGAAGCGGAAGUACACAAACACAACGCUAGGCUAAGACUUGCAGCGUUAGCGCCGUUCUCCUCCGUGAGUCGCAGGUCGCUGGCGGUUAAAUAUUCCAAUUGCGAACGAAGCGGCGAUGUCUUCGCUUCCGUAUUUGAGACGUUUGAUCAAAGAGCGACUAAAUGCUGCUGGCGAGGAGAUAUUUAGACUCGUUGAAGCGUCGCUCGUCGUGUACGAGGAAGAAGUGGAUCGUCAGCGCAAACUGCUGGAGAUCGUCUGGAAACCUGAAGUCAAGUUGCAGCGGAUCGAGCAUGAGGAGAAGGUUCUCACUGAGCAGCAGCUCUGUAACCAGGAGAGGAACUCCAGUCUGGACCAAGAGGCACCAGAGUCUCUACAGAUGGAAGAGGAGGAAAUCUGCACCAGUCAGGAGCAGGAGCAGCUUGAACUGAAGCAGGAGGCUGACACCUUUAUGUUGACUCCUGAUAAUGAAGAAAGUAAUCACAUGGAGUUCCUCUCUCCUGUAGCUGAGAGUCGAGAUCAGACAGGAAACAAACGUGUCGAAAAAUGCAUGGAGUCUGAGGAAGAGGUGGCUCGUCAGCUGAAGAUCAUUCGUAAACCUGAAGUAAAGUUCCAGAAGUGCACAGUUCUUACUGAGCAGGAGAGGAACUUCAGUCCGGACCAUGAGGAACAAGAGAUUAAAGCGGAACCAGGGGAAAUCUGCACCAGUCAGGACCAGGACGCUGGUACUGUUACGUUGACUCCUGAUGAUAGAGAAAGUGAUCACAUGGAGCCGGAACCAGACACUGACCACCAGCUCCGUUCUCCUGUAGCUAAGAGUCGAGAUCGGACAGGAAAAAAACUGAAAAAAUCUCCAAAAUGUGACACUUGUGGAAAGAAAUUUGAAUUCAAGCAUCUAUUGAUAUCCCACCAGAGCAUCCACAUGGGAGAGAGGCCAUUUGCUUGCAAAACAUGUUGCCGCUGUUACAGAACCAAAUAUGAACUGGUGAGACACAUGAAAACUCACCAAAAAAACACGGACGUAAAGCCGUAUUGUUGUGAAACGUGUGGAAAGGGUUUUUUACUGAAAACGCGACUUGCUGUCCACAAAUGUACUCACACGGGUGACAUGCCCUUAUCCUGCGAUGUUUGUCACAGAGGCUUCGCCCGCACCGAUAAACUGGCCUUACACAUGAGGACCCACACGGGGGAGAAGCCCUUUUUCUGCAACAUUUGUAAAAAGUGUUUUGCACGCCAAGAUCACCUGACUGAACACACAAGAACCCACACGGGUGAGAAACGCUUUACUUGCAGCGUUUGCAACGCCAGCUUUUCGCAAAAGGUCCACUUGAUGACUCACAAAAGAACUCACACCGGUGAAAAACCGUACCACUGCGGCACCUGUGGGAAAUCAUUUGGUGACAGGUCAAGUCUUAGAAAGCACGUGUGCCGUUGUGCGCCUGUCUUAACACCCGAUGAAAAUGUUUAAUCGUGUGACACCUCAUGUAACUGCAAUGUUCAUAUUGCAACAUGGGAUUAUAGAGCAACACAAAUGUCAUUUUAAAUUUAUAUACUGUAUCCUCAAAUGAAAAUUUGAAUAAUUAUGUCACAGUUGCCAUUCCCUCUCAUCACGAGUCAUAUCGCAUUCGCAAUUUCUGUCAAAACAAUCCCAAUUAGGUAUUUAUAUAUAAACUUUUAAGUUUUAAGUUUUAAGCCUCACUUUUAAGUCCAUGGUUUAUUUCUUGUGCUGUUUUUAUUUGUCAAUGCUAAGAAAGUAUAAUUGUCAUUUAAAGUCUUUUCAAGAGCACUCAUGUUGUCCUCCCAUAAAAGGCCAUGAUUGAAUCAU